AUGGAUUGCAAACAAGGAUUAUUAUUUAUAUCGGCGCUAUUGAUGGCCGCUUACUGUUAUCCACAAAAGAAAAAUCAACAAUUUCAAGAUGAGACAACAGACAAAAUAAUACCAUCGUCUAAAGAGUGGAAAGCUACAUGGAAUAAUCAAAUUAUAGCUAGAAGCAAAAAUACGAUUAUUGUCGAAGGUAAUACUUAUUUUCCUCCAGAAUCAGUACAAAUGGAAUAUUUGAAAUCAACCGAUUAUCAUACAACGUGUAAAUGGAAAGGUGUUGCAUCAUAUUAUUCACUUAUUGUUGAUGAUAAAGAGAAUGAAAAUGCUGCAUGGUAUUAUCCAGAACCAAAACCAGAAGCAACCAUUAUCAAACAUUAUGUUGCAUUUUAUAAAGGCAUUAGUGUAGAAGAAGAAAAUUAA